GUGUCUCUCACUUGAGGGGCCUCAUGUCAUCAGAUGCCAUGGACCAACCAGCUGGGAGUCCUGGAAACCCCAGGCCAGGGGAGUGUGGAGAUGGCAGCAUGGAGCCAGGCACCUGCCAGGAGCUCCUGCACCGCCUGCGGGAGCUGGAGGCAGAGAAUUCAGCACUUGCCCAGGCCAAUGAAAGCCAGCGGGAGACCUAUGAGCGCUGUCUGGAUGAGGUUGCCAAUCAUGUGGUACAAGCAUUAUUGAACCAAAAGGACCUGCGGGAAGAGUGCAUCAAGCUGAAGAAGCGGGUGUUCGACCUGGAGCGGCAGAACCAGAUGCUGAGCGCCCUGUUUCAGCAGAAGCUGCAGCUGACCACAGGCUCCCUCCCUCAGAUCUCACUUACUCCACUCCAGCCACCAUCGGAGCCACCAGCCUCCCCUUCCCUGAGCUCCAAGGGACCCGCCACCCUGUUACCCCUGGGGCUCUGCGCCGGGCAGAGAGAGGUGUGCUGGGAACAGCAGCUUCGGCCUGGAGGCCCAGGACCCCCAGCCGCCACACCCCCAGCGCUGGAUGCCCUGUCCCCGUUCCUCCGAAAGAAAGCCCAGAUCCUGGAGGUGCUUCGAGCCCUGGAAGAGACUGAUCCCUUGCUCCUGUGCUCCCCUGCGGCCCCUUGGCGACCUCCUGGUGACGGGCCUGGCUCCCCAGAGCCCAUCAACGGCGAGACGUGUGGGCCCCCCCAGCCCGAGCCCUUGCCCUGGGCCCCCUACCUGCUGCUGGGCCCAGGAAGUCUGGGUAGCCUGCUGCACUGGGAGCGCCUCUUGGGCACCCUGGGGGAGGAAGAAGGCACUGGACGGCCCUGGGGCACUAUGAGGGGCUCCCCCCAGGCCCAGGGCCCCAGCUGUGGCCCACCCUGUGCCCCAGGUAGCAGCUCCUCCUCCUCAUCAGAUGAGGCAGGUGACCCCAAUGAGGCCCCCAGCCCAGACACCCUGCUGGGUGCCCUGGCCCGAAAACAGCUGAACCUGGGCCAGCUCCUGGAGGACACAGAGUCCUACCUACAAGCCUUCCUGGCGGGGGCUGCAGGCCCCCUCAAUGGGGACCACCCGGGCUCCAGACAGCCACCCUCCCCAGACCAGUGCCCCCCACAACCAACCAAGUCAAAAGGCCUCUCAAAGUCAGCCUGGGGUGGGGCCACCCCUGAGGCCCACAGGCCGGGCUUUGGUGCUACCUCAGAGGGCCAGGGGCCCCUCCCCUUCCUCAGCAUGCUUGUGGGUGCAGGGGACGCUCCUCUGGGCACACGGCCUGGCCACCACCACUCCUCAUCUCAGGUGAAAAGCAAGCUCCAAAUUGGCCCCCCUUCUCCAGGAGAGGCCCAAGGACCCCCGUUGCCCUCUCCAGCCAGAGGCCUCAAGUUCCUCAAGCUGCCCCCAGCCUCGGAGAAAACCCCCAGUCCGGGAGGGCCCCAGCUCAGCCCUCAGCUGCCUCGAAGCUCCCGGAUCCCUUGCCGGAACAGUGGCUCAGACGGCAGCCCUUCCCCACUGCUGGCGCGCAGGGGCCUGGGCGGGGGGGACCUGUCCCCAGAGGGGCCUCCAGGCCUGCCUGCCAGCCCUUUCCCCUGUUCUGCCACACCUGACUCUGUGCAGCUCAGACCUCCCCCACCAGCCUCAGCCACCACGCUGUCCCCAGGGGCAGCUGUGUCUCCCUGCUACGAGAACAUCCUGGAUCUCUCUCGAGGCACCUUUCGGGGGCCUUCCCCGGAGCCACCUCUGUCCCCACUGCAGGUGUCCCCUUAUCCACAGCUAACUCUGGAGGUGCCACGGGCCCCCGAGACCCUCAGAAGCCCUGGAGUCCCCUCCAGCCCUUGUCUCCCAGAGUCCUACUCCUAUGGGAGUGCCCAGGAAAAGAGUAUGGACAAGGCAGGCUUGGAGUCCCCCCAUCCUGGCCGGAGGACCCCAGGCAGUUCAUCCAAGAAGCCCAACCAGGGGGCAGGACGGCGGCUAGGGGACCCCAGCUACACACCCCUGAGGGAGAGACUUGCAGCUCUGGGGAAACUCAAGACUGGCCCUGAGGGACCCCAGGGCCCAGAGAAGAACGGGACACCAGCCAGACCUGGCCCCGAGAAAGCCCGAGUAGCUGGGAGCUCAGUAGAGAGCCCCGGAGACGUGGCACCCCCUGCGCCCAGGCCUCCCGAGCAGCCAGAAGCUAAGGGUGCCCUGCGGGGCAUCGUGGCCUUGGGCACUAACAGCCUGAAGCAGCAGGAGACGGGGCUCCUGGGGGACACCGGGGUCCGAGUCUACUCCUCUCACUCCAUGGGGGCACGUGUGGACCUGGAGCCGGUGUCACCCAGGAGCUGCCUCACCAAAGUGGAGCUGGCUAAGAGCCGGCUGGCAGGGGCCCUGUGUCCCCAGACACCCCGCACCCCUGCCAAAGCGCCCACCCCGGCACCCAGCCUGAGCAAACCCAGCAAGAGCCCCCACGGAAGCCCUACGAAGCUGCCUUCCAAGUCACCCACCAAGGUGGUGCCCCGGCCUGUGGCCCCACCAGCCCCCAAGGAGGCCCCCAAGCAUGACAAGGGCAAGGGCCCACCCUGGGUGGACUGUGGAAGCCCCCCAGCCCCACCUGCAGCCCCUGCCCCGGGCCCCCAGUGUCAAGGCCCACACUCAGCCAUCGAGGAGAAGGUGAUGAAGGGCAUCGAGGAGAACGUGCUGCGGCUCCAGGGCCAGGAGCGGCCACCGGGCACCGAGGCCAAGCACCGCAACACCAGCAGCAUCGCCAGCUGGUUUGGCCUCAAGAAGAGCAAGCUGCCAGCGUUAAACCGCCGCACGGAGGCCGCCAAGAGCAAAGAUGGGGCUGGGAGCUCCCCUCUCCGCAAGGAGGUCAAGGUGGAGGCCCGGAAGCUGGAGGCCGAAAGCCUCAACAUCUCCAAGCUGAUGGCCAAGGCGGAGGACUUGCGCCGGGCGCUGGAGGAGGAGAAGGCCUACCUGAGCAGCAGGGCCCGGCCACGGCCCGGAGGACCUGCCCCAGCCUCCACUGCGGGGCUGGGCCCAGUGCAGGGCCAGCUGGCUGGCAUGUACCAGGGUGCUGACACCUUCAUGCAGCAGCUGCUCAACAGGGUGGACGGCAAGGAACUGCCACCCAAGAGCUGGAGGGAGCCCAAACCUGACUAUGGUGAUUUCCAGCCAGUGUCCUCUGACCCCAAGAGCCCCUGGCCAGCUUGUGGGCCCCGAAACGGCCUGGUGGGGCCUCUUCAAGGCUGUGGGAAACCUCCAGGGAAGCCCAACAGUGAGCCAGGAAGGCGGGAAGAGAUGCCAACAGAGGACAGCCUGGCCGAGCCAGUGCCCACCUCGCACUUCACAGCCUGUGGCUCUUUGACUCGAACCCUGGACAGUGGCAUUGGGACCUUCCCGCCCCCAGACCAUGGCAGCAGCGGGACCCCCAGCAAGAACCUUCCCAAGACUAAACUUCGUCUAGAGCCCCCACCCGGGGUGCCCCCAGCCCGACCCGCACCCCUGACCAAAGUCCCCCGGCGAGCCCACACACUGGAGCGGGAGGUACCCGGUUUGGAGGAGCUGCUGGUGAGUGGGCGGCACCCCAGCAUGCCCACCUUCCCCGCGAUGCUCACCUCUGCACCCAGCCCACGGGGCCACCAGACCUGCCCUGACGCAGAACCCUGCAAGGACCCGGGCCCACCGCCUCCCAUCCAGCUGGCCAAGAACUGGACCUUCCCCAAUGCCAGGGCAGCUGGCGGCUCCUCUGACCCCUUCCUCUGCCCAGCCCGACCCCUGGAGGGGCUGCCCAGGACCCCUAUGGCCCUGCCUGUGGACCGGAAGCGGAGCACAGAGCCCAGCCGCCCAGCCCCUCCACCCCAAGGUCCAGCAUUUGGGGGUAGCCGUACCCCCAGCACAUCGGACAUGGGAGAAGAGGGCAGAGUGGCCAGUGGGGGCCCCCCAGGGCUGGAGACCUCCGAGUCUCUCAGUGACUCUCUCUAUGACUCGCUCUCUUCCUGUGGGAGCCAGGGCUGAUGGCCUACACUGCGUCAUGGCCCUCAAGUCGGGGACCACAGACUGGACUGAUGUCCCUGGGCCCAGCCCACAGGGACCAAGAAGGCAGAGGGACCGAGGGUGAAGGGGGUUCCUGGCACACACCACUGCACUGCUGCUGUGGAGGAAACACGGCUCUCAGCUCAGGGAGAGACCCCACCCUUGCUCCCUUCUCUCACCAGAGAAAGGCUCCAAUGGGAGGAAGCUGGAGCCCCCGGCUUCCACUCCGGGCUGAGCCAUCUUGUGGUGCUGGGCUUCCUGCCCGCGGCUGUGCUGCCUCCACUGCCCCGCUGCCCCCCACCCCAAACCUCCAUGGGGCCAGUCCAGAGGUCCCGUGUGGGUGGAGGUAGGGGGCGAGGGGUCAAGUUGCCUUCUCCAUCUGCCCCCCUCCUCCUUGCUGUCUGGAUGGUGCUGCCCUCCCCGCCUGAGUCUCUGGGGCCCCUUUGUGUGUCUUCAUUGUUUUUUUAUAUCAAAGCGCCUGGCCCAGUCCCUGCCUGGCUCAGUCUCGCCCCCCACCCCCCGCACUGCGGUUAAUUUAUCUGUCCUCCAAUGCGGCUGCUCCGCUUCCAGCCUCUGCUUCUGCUGUAUCCCCAAUAAAAUGUGGAGGCCACCUC